AUGACCGUAUAUACAGUUGAUACUGACGUUUGUUUAUUUGAUUUGGAUGGUACAAUUAUAACAACAAUUGUGGCAGCUGAAGAAGCUUGGACCAAACUUUGUAAGCAACACAAUGUCGACCCACAAGAAUUGUUUAAGAUCUCACACGGUACCAGAACUGUGGAAGUUCUAGCUCAAUUUUUUCCAGAUAUUGAUAAUACAGAUAAUAAAGGUGUUCAUUUAUUAGAAGCUGACAUUGCAGAUAAUUAUUUAGAUACAAUCGGUGUCAUUCCAGGUGCGAGAGAAUUAUUAUCAGCAUUAGACAAAGACCCACAAGAUCAAUCUGUAAAUUUCAGAAAAGAACAAAAGAGGAAAUGGGCUAUAGUUACUUCUGGCUCGCCAUACAUGGCUACUUCUUGGUUUUCUACUAUAUUAAAGGACAUUGGGAAACCUGAAGUUUUUAUUACCGCUGAGAAUGUCUCUGUCGGAAAACCAGACCCCGAAGGUUAUACCAAAGCAAGGGAAUUAUUGAGUACGACUUGGAAUUAUAAAAGCUCUUGUAGAGCAGUGGUCUUUGAAGAUGCACCGGUUGGGAUCAGGGCGGGAAACGCCAUGAAUGCUGUCACUAUUGGAAUUACUUCGUCUUAUAGUAAACAAACAUUGUUUGCAGCAGGUGCCGACUAUGUAGUAGCAGAUCUCACUCAUGUCACAGUAACUGAGAAUACAGAAAAUGGCCAUAUAAAAUUACAGAUUAAAGAUCCUUUAAUUGAAAAUUAA